GUUGGGGGUUCCUGCCUUAGGCUGGUGGGGCUUUGACGCGGGUGAAGGGUCGCCCCCAGUGUCAGGACUGGGACGGCCCGGGUUCCAGCCCCCAUCGGACCAUCAAACCCACUGGGUGACCCUGGGCCAGUCAGCCUCUUUCACCGUGGCCUCCCUUGCGGGGCUGUCGUGCCGAUUCGUGGCGUAGGGGAGGCGGAAGAGAAGAACCCCCAGGAGGAGCAGCAGCCAUAAAGGAGCACUUAUGGAUCUUACCUCCACGGUCAUCCUCCCCCUGCUUUUUGGCAGCCUGGGGCUCUUUGGCCUCUUCCGGCUGCUUCAGCGAAUGCGGGUGAGGGCCUACCUCAAGGAUGCUGUGGUGGUGAUUACAGGAGCGACGUCCGGCCUUGGGAAAGAAUGUGCCAGAGCUUUCCAUGCUUCUGGGUCCAGACUGGUGCUGUGCGGAAGGAACGGGGAGAGGCUGCAAGACCUCCUGCAGGAGCUUUCCGCUGCUCCCGGCCACCCAAGGAACCCCCAUAAACAUCAGACUGUGAUCUUUGACCUCUCCGACAUCAAAGCCGUCGUCAGCGCUGCAGAAGAGAUCCUGAAGUGUGUCGGUCACGUGGACGUCUUGAUCAAUAAUGCCGGGAUCAGCUACCGAGGCACCAUAGUAGAGACGGUGGUGGAGGUGGACAGGAAAGUGAUGGAAACCAACUACUUUGGCCCCAUUGCUUUGACCAAAGCACUUCUGCCUUCCAUGAUCCAGAGGAGAAAAGGCCACAUCGUUGCCAUCAGCAGCGUUCAAGGCAAGAUCGGCAUCCCUUUCCGCUCUGCAUACGCAGCCUCCAAGCACGCCACUCAGGCCUUCUUCGACUGCCUGCGAGCAGAGGUGGAGCAGUACGAUCUGGACGUGACCGUCGUGAGUCCCGGCUACAUCCAGACAAACCUAUCCCUGAAUGCCGUGACAGCAGAUGGAUCCCAGUACGGAGUGAUGGACAAGACCACCAGUGAAGGCAAAGCAGCCGUAGAGGUGGCUCAGGUGGUCCUCAGCGCCGUGGGGGAGAAGAAAAAGGAGGUGCUGGUUGCUGGGUUUGUGCCGUCUCUGGCCGUGUACCUCCGCACACUCUGCCCCAGACUCUUCUUCACCUUGAUGGCCUCCAGGGCCCGAAAGGAGAGGAAAGCCAAGGACGCUUAGCCCUGCGUGGAAGCGACUUGAGUCUGUCCAAUCACUGGCUGCAAUCAGAAACCAACAGUGACUGUUUCUAGGUUCUGUGGGAAGCACGAACAUCCCUAAGCCGCAAUUCAUCUCUCCCGCUCGGGUGAAGGGUUGGAUCCUGCACCACUCGCAUGUCGUUGCCAGCACCCGAGAAGAGCAGCCAUUGCCGCCCAAAGUUUUCUUGGCCACUGCGGAGGAGGACAUCCGCUGCAGGACACAAGGUGCCAGACCAGCAUGAAGUUCUGCACAGACCAGCAUGAAGUUCUGCACACACAACAGUUGUGCACUCCCACACUUGCCGUUUAUUUGCCUGGGGCUUGUUCAGAAAACAUGUCUUAGUUUCUUCUUGGCAUGGCUCAUCAUCUAUUUGUGGGUGGGGAGCAAAGAUGCAAGAGUUCCCCAGGUUUUCCCGAUACUCCCUGCUUCUUAAAGUCUUACAGGCACCACCUUUACAUGGGAGCAGGUGAUGGAGAAAAGGGCUGCAGACGCAGGGCUGAGGUUAAGCCGCUUACCCUGCGCAUGCCGUGCCCUACUUUGCCGUUGCAUUAAGAAGGCAGGGCCCCCUUCGGCUCACAUCACCCUCUUCCUCCUUCCAGCAUGAAAGGGAGCGAGCUUUAUUACAUUGGCAAGGUCUGAUGUUUUUGUUGAGAGACUUGUGGAAGGGAAAAGGCGGCUUCCUUCACAGCCACACCAGACUCACGAAUUGCUAUUAAAAUAGCCAGACUUAAAGAAGGUGUCAUCGGUUGAAUGUAAUACCUAAGGCAGAACUCUUAAUAGUUGGCACCCGAUUUUUUUUAAUGCAUCCAGGAGUCCCUGGAAUUGCCUGUCUAACCUAUGAGCCCUGUGCACGUGCUGGAUUACAACACCCGUCACUGGCUUACAUCACCCUAUCGGCUGCCCCGACGGGUGCUGUAAUCUGAAGGGUCACGGGUUGCUCACCCCUGCCAAAGUGUUUUCACACACGACAUGCACGUGUGUGAUUCAAAAGGAUCACCUGUACGGAUGCAGCGCGUUGUCGGCACCUGGUCAAGGUUCAAACUGCACUCAGACUAAGCAUGGUCACGAUGGGCUGGAGUCCCGCACACCUUCCUAGUUCCUGUGGGUUCUUACAUUUAAUACUAGACCUAAAUUAAUCCUCUUUGGGUAUUAUCAACGUCCUCUGUCAUCCAGAACAACACCUGUAAGUAUCGCUUCCUUUGCCAACUUCAAAGUUCCUUUCAAAAGCAGACUUUUCUAUAGAGAAGCGUGUGUGUUUUUAACGCAUGCAAUUGGUUCCCAGCAUGAUGCUUCCCUGCUGCCAGUAAGACUAGUAACAAGAAGAUCCAGUCCCUGCACUGGUCACACCUUUUCCAGCAUCAGCUUGCACAUUAUGAGUUAUAAAUAGAGCCACGCAAUAUUUUUAAGCUUAGGUGUACAAAUUAGAGAUUGCUUAUGCAAAACCAACUAAAAACAACUAAACAGCUGCUUUUUUAGCUUAUAUGCUUUAAGGGAAUUGCUGCAUUAGAUAUGACUCCUCUCUAUUAUAGUCCCUAAAUUUAGCCCUACAGCAAGAAAAACCAACUGCAGAUUCUGUGUGGCUUUCUCAGAUGUGAAGAGUGCUUGUAGGCAUGCUUGAUUGUGCAACUGCCCUGUUUCGCUCACAGAAUUCUACUUUCUGGGGACGGAACUCCAAGACAAGGCCCCCUUUCAUUUUACCUCUGUUUUCCCACUGCUGCUUCUGUCUUAGAAACAUAGAAACAGAGCAUGCCAUCUAGUCUCCUGGGUCACCCCCGGCUCUAGCUGGCUCCGCUCACAACAUGCCUACCAUGUGCGUGUCUAGCCUAUCCUUGAACAAAAGGAUAGGUAUUUUUCCACAAAAAUACCAAGACUAGGAGCAAUAUGCAUUGUCGAAAAGGGGGAAUAAAUUGCACAACAACAGAUAGCAUUACAAGCCCUACCUCUGAAAGCACUAUAAAAAGCAACCUUAUAUAGCGCCCUGCAGAAGGCUAUAUAGUGUGUGUCUCACACACACACGAUGGAACGGAAAUGGCAUUCAUCGGCCUUGCUACCACUUGAUGCAGAAAAAUAUUUUGUGCCGUCAGUGUUGAGUAUCUGUCUGCAUCAAGUGGUGACAAGGCCCAUGAAUGCCCUUUCAGUACCAGGUGCUGGAAGCAAAGAGGAUGGCGCUCUUGUUGGCUGCCUGCCAGAAAGUGAGAUUGUGCAGGAUGGGCUGGGUCAAGAUUCUGAGAUCGAGGAGGUAGAGGUGACUCUCUCAAAGCCAGGCAGCCCUGGGAACGACCAAGAUGUACAGCCACUGAGGAUGAGGAAUGCUCAGAGACUACGCCCCCACUGCUCUUGACCCCCCUGGUGAGGUGUCAGCAGAGCGGAGGCCCAACUGGAGGCCCAACUGAGUAAGCGGAGAGGUGUGGGGAAAGGCGGUGUGCUCGUUGACAGACAGCCCCUCCGGAGGGGAUGGGGCCCAGGCAUGUUUACAAGGAGUGUUCCUGGAAGCAAACACGAGGUUGGUUCAACAAACUGCUCUGUGCAUGCUCAGAGAUCCAUUCUGGGUGAAUUGUACUUGGGAGCAAUAAAUAACAUUUUGCAAGAAAAA